AUUGGGCAAUCGAAUAGAAGGGCCAGUGCCAGGAAGACCUAUCAUACCGGGGGGGCCCCGCGAUGCGGCCAGGCAGACGGAGGGAAGCUCAGGAGAGCUCUCCUGAGGGCGACCACGGGGCCAGGCCAUGUAGUCCGUGUAGGACAUGAGCAAGCACAGCUCACAGGAAAUGAUCCGGUCCCUGCGCUCACUUACUCGAAAGGUCCAAACCUUCAAAGUUGCGGGAGUGCCAUGGAUGGCUGCACAGAAGGCCAGCAGUCACGCCUUUCUCCUUGCCUUGAGAGGGGAGAAGAAAUGAAACUGAAGGAGUGUGUCUCCAUCCUCCCCCUGAAGGAAAGCCCCUCUGUCCCAUGCUCCAAAGAUGGAACGCUGCUGGCCGUGACCCUGCUACUGGCCCUGACGGCCUGCUGCCUCUCCGUGGUGUCUUUCCACAGGGCGGCUGCCUUGCAAGCGGAGCUGGGGAGCCUCCGGGCGGAGCUGCGGGAACAGCACGCUGAGCCUGAGCGGCUGCCAGGCCCUCCGCAGGCCAGAGCCAGGGCCCCCAGGGCAGCCAUGCGGGAGACCCCAGCUGUCACCUCAGCUCUGAACGGAAUCUUGGCACCAUCCGCUGCAGGAGAAGGCAACUCCAGCCAAAGCAGCAGAAACAAGCGUGCCAUUCAGGGGCCGGAAGAAACAGUCACUCAGGACUGCUUGCAACUGAUUGCAGACAGUGACACACCUACUAUACGAAAAGGAGCUUACACAUUUGUUCCAUGGCUGCUCAGCUUUAAAAGGGGAAGAGCUCUGGAGGAGAAAGAAAAUAAAAUACUUGUAAAAGAAGCCGGUUACUUUUUCAUAUACAGUCAGGUUUUAUACACCGAUAACACCUUUGCCAUGGGACACCUAAUACAGAGGAAAAAAGUCCAUGUCUUUGGGGAUGAACUGAGCCUGGUGACUUUGUUCCGAUGUAUUCAAAAUAUGCCUGAAACACUACCCAAUAAUUCCUGUUAUUCAGCUGGCAUCGCAAAGCUGGAAGAAGGAGAUGAGCUCCAGCUUGCAAUACCGCGUGAGGACGCUAAAAUAUCACGAGAUGGGGACGGCACGUUUUUUGGUGCAUUGAAGCUUCUGUGACCUACUUACACCUCGUUUGUGGCUGUAUCCCUUCUUUUCUCUGUACCUCUAAGGAGAAGGCUCUUAACUGGAAACACCAAAAGGAAGAAAAACAGUAGUUACCGUAGCCUUCUCUGUGAGCUCUUUGUUUUGAUUCGCUAAAACUAGACCAAAACAGGAAAUUUAACAGACAACCACAGCCAAAGGGUGUCAUGUGAAUUAUGAGAAAUAGGGCCCAUUUAAGGAAAGAUAGAAGUAGCCUUCUCCCUAUAAUGCCAUGUUAAACAAUUUAGUCAUAGUUUCUUGACCUGGAGGAAGCACAGGCUGCAAAAGAGCAAGAAUCAUUUCUUCCAAAACGGCAUUCCAUCACUGCUGCACACCAACUGCCGGCGUCCACAGGACUGUAGGACAUGUGGGAACUCUCAGGUCCAUCCUCUCUCUUCGUGUGCAAUCUGCCAGUCUCUUUCAGUUAAUAUUGUAGUAAGUAAGAAAAACAAACAAAUCUUGCACUUAACACAUGAAAAAAGGAAUUAAAAGCUUACAUUUAAAUAUAUUAAGCAGUUGGACUUCAAAUUCAGGUACUAUUUAAAUUCGUCUGGUUUACUUCAAGUGUGCAGUUUUUACCUGUAAUAUUUUGUAUCACCUGAUGGAGCACCAGAUAUUUUUCACAGGAGGGAGGUAAUUCUCUCGUGUAUCUGCACCCGAUGUAUUUUUUCGUAGCUAAUUUCAUUCACUUCAGAAAUUUUACUGUGGGGUAAUUCCAGUUAUUACGCAUACGAGCAUUAGGUGGAAAAAAAAAAAAAAAAA